GCCGAACCAGUGACCGCCCGGCUCAAGGAGCUGCAGCUGCAGCGAGACGACUUUGAGAUCCUGAAGGUGAUCGGGCGCGGCGCAUUCAGCGAGGUGGCGGUGGUGAAGAUGAAGAGGACGUCGCAGGUGUACGCCAUGAAGAUCAUGAACAAGUGGGACAUGCUGAAGCGGGGCGAGGUGUCCUGUUUCCGUGAGGAGCGGGACGUGCUGGUGAAUGGAGACAAGCACUGGAUCACCCAGCUGCACUUCGCCUUCCAGGACGAGAACUACCUGUACCUGGUGAUGGAGUACUACGUGGGGGGCGACCUCCUGACGCUGCUGAGCAAAUUCGGGGACCGCAUCCCCCUGGACAUGGCCCGUUUCUACCUGGCCGAGAUGGUGAUGGCCAUCGACUCCAUCCACCGCCUGGGCUACGUGCACAGAGACAUCAAACCCGACAACAUCCUGCUCGACCGCUGCGGGCACAUCCGCCUGGGGGACUUCGGCUCCUGCCUCAAGCUCCGGGAGUACGGCACGAUCUGCUCAUCGGUGGCAGUGGGGACCCCCGAUUACCUGUCCCCCGAGAUCCUGCAGGCCGUGGAAGAUGGGAGCCACUCAUACGGCACCGAGUGCGACUGGUGGUCCCUGGGCAUCUUUGCCUACGAGAUGUUCUUCGGGCACACGCCCUUCUUUGCUGACUCCAUUGUUGAGACCUACGGGAAGAUCAUCCACUUCAAGGUUGGGGGGGACAGUGGGGCAGGAAGGCGGCACUGGCACCUGGGACCUUAGGAGGAGUGAACAGUCUCCUCUAGUCCCUACCCACUACCAGGCAUCCCCUUGCCUCCCCACAGAACCCUGC